CUAAGCACUCGAUUGAACAAUUCGCGAGAAAGCUAGAGCAAUGGCAUGCAUCCUCGAAAGCUUUGCCCUUUUGCAUAAAAUGAGUCAGUAGUGACGGGCAAGCUGCAACUAUGGCCAUUGAUAAAGAAGUGAUUUUUACGCGAGUUUCCCUGCCCUUCCCCGCCACUAACCUCGGACACACGGGUCUGGGUGCGGGGAAAGCUACCGUGUGAAAGCUCCGUUUGCGCCAAGAUCUGGGCAGACGUCGGGAGUCAGGAGCAAGUCUUGCUUCGAUUGCAGUGCGCUCCGAAAGGUUGUCCUGUCACUCGAGCUCGACCCAUUGUUGCUGCCAGCGUUCAUCUUGCGCAGAACCAUCGCCUCUGUGCAACUUCGGAUCAGCGGGCUCAAAAUCUCCGACACCCAUUUGCUGUCGCUGUCUCUCCUUCACGUCUUUUUGAACGCCGACAGACCCAGAAGGCCAUAAGCCCGAAGAUCGCCGGAACAAUGCGGAGGUCGGGGUUCCACCACAGGCAGCACGCUCGGCAGGGCGGGCUCAGGGGAAUUCUGGGGAAGCUGUCGCUCGCUGCCGUCGUGGUCUUGAUCUGCACCGUGUCUUUCUUGUUCUCCUCUUCGAUGAGCGGCAAUGGCGGAUCCGGCUACUCCUCGGAGGCUAAUGUAGAGAACCUUUGGAAACCUGCUUAUUCUGGUGGUUGGAGACCAUCGUCUGCUCCAAGAACUGAUUGGCCUCCUCCUCCAAGCGAGAGCAAUGGCUAUCUACGAGUUCGUUGUAAUGGUGGUUUAAAUCAGCAACGCAGUGCGAUUUGUAAUGCUGUGCUUGCUGCCCGGAUUAUGAAUGCUACUCUUGUGCUACCUGAGCUGGAUGCAAACUCAUUCUGGCAUGAUGAGAGUGGUUUCCACGGUAUAUAUGAUGUCGAACAUUUCAUCAAGACACUGAGAUAUGAUGUGCGGAUAGUGGAAAAGAUACCGGAAGUUCGCAAGAAUGGAAAAACGAAGAAGAUAAAAUCUCAUCAGCUACGUCCACCUAGAGAUGCUCCAGUCAGUUGGUAUUUGACAUCUGCUCUAGAGAAGAUGAAAGAACAUGGUGCUAUCUAUCUUACCCCCUUUUCACACCGUCUGGCUGAAGAAAUUGACAACCCCGAGUACCAGAGAUUGAGAUGCAGAGUAAAUUAUCAUGCUUUGAGGUUUAAGCCAAAUAUUAUGAAGUUAAGCAAAGGCAUAGUGGAAAAACUCCGUUCGCAAGGUCACUUCAUGUCAAUACAUCUUCGCUUUGAGAAGGAUAUGCUGGCAUUUGCUGGGUGCUUCGAUAUAUUUACCCCUGCGGAGCAGAAAAUAUUGCAGAAGUAUCGAGAAGAAAAUUUUGCUGAGAAAAGACUUGUCCCCAGUGAAAGGAGGGCAAUUGGAAAAUGUCCUUUAACUCCUGAAGAGGUAGGUUUGGUCCUACGAGCUAUGGGAUUUGACAACUCCACGAGAAUAUAUUUAGCAGCUGGUGAACUAUUUGGGGGUGAAAGAUUCAUGAGACCCUUCAGGGCUUUAUUUCCUCGCCUUGAGAACCACAGUUCAGUGGAUCCCUCUGAAGAGUUAGUGGCAAAUGCCAGAGGAUUGGCAGGCUCUGCUGUCGAUUACAUGGUUUGUCUACUUUCAGAUAUUUUUAUGCCAACCUACGACGGCCCAAGCAACUUUGCAAACAAUCUUCUGGGUCACCGCCUAUAUUAUGGCUUUAGGACUACAAUCAGACCUGACAGAAAAGCUCUUGCACCGAUCUUCCUCAAUCGAGAGAAGGGACAUGUAGCUGGUUUUGAAGAAGCUGUCAGGCGAGUCAUGCUUAAAACGAAUUUUGGCGGGCCCCACAAGCGUGUCUCUCCCGAGUCCUUUUACACAAAUUCUUGGCCUGAAUGUUUCUGCCAGAUGUCAACAAAUAAUCCUGCUGAUAAAUGUCCACCUGAGAAUGUCAUGGAAAUUCUGGACGGUCAACUAGAGAGUGAAGUGGCCAAUGACUUGGAAUCAUCAACAGCAUCUAAUUCUACAGUGUCUGUGGCAGAAAGAUGAGAAAGCUAAAGAAGAUAAUAGCUUUCUUGAUCUCAACAUACCCCAAAUACCCAAGCAGAGAAAUUGGUACUGACCGUUCAGCUAAUGAAACAAUGUUGGGCGCUAGUAGCAGUAACAUGGAAUUGGUUUGUGGACUGCGAGGUAUAUCAUGCGAAAGUAGGAGUGUUGUGCUAUUGAAUUAGUUGAAGCAGCCCAGAAUGAUGGUAAUUUCUUGCACCGAUUAUUUAACUCGAACGUGUGUUGUACUAAUGCCUCGUUAAUACAAAAGGUUGAGGCUGUAAAAUACCGGUGAUAUCACUAUAGGAAAGGCAUUCAGCAAUGUUCCGCUGACAGGAUUUUGACCCUCUUAUUCAGAUUUUAUGAUUUUGAGCUCUACCUUUCAUUGUA